GCGGUGUCGGGUGGCGGGACCAUCACACAGUUGGAGUCACUGCUGUGGAUUAACACUCAACUCUCCACACACACUCAACUCUCCACACACACAACUCUCCACACACACGCAAAUAGAGACACACACACACACACACUGGACAGAGAGACGGACAGACUGAAUCGCCUUCCCUUCUCUACCCCUCUUCUGCAGAACACAGGUCAUCCAGUCAUGAGUAUCCUGGUUUGGUGUGUGUUGAGCUGCUUUGGUGUGCUGACAUCAGCGAGGCCCCUAAUGGAUACAGCCGAAACCGCAUCGCACAGCGUGCCUGCACUGAGUGGAAGCAGAGAGCCUGAUGCAAGCGUGAGCGUGACCAAUCAGAGGCCAGGAGAGAUGCUGCCAUUUGUCAGAGCGCAAGACAUCAGAGACGCCCUCCUCCGCGCCCGCACCAGCUCCCUGGUGGUCAGACGGUUGCGGCGCUCCAACUCCAAGCCAGCGGUGAGCCAGUCGCGGCGCGGCGGCUGUUCCCUGGGCACAUGCACGGUGCACGACCUGGCGCACCGCCUCAACCAGCUCAACAACCGGCUCAAGAUCACGCAGGCGCCGCUGGACAAGAUCUCCCCCCAGGGCUACGGCCGUCGCCGCCGCGCCCUACACACACACACACACACACUGCAGCGCAGCACGCGGGCCCUCCCCACACACACACUCACACUGCGCAGGAGGGGUCUACAACCAGUCUGGACCAGCACGCUCACACACACCUGAACCGCACACACCCUUGAGUUACACACACACACACACACACACACACAUGGCAUAGGACUAUAGGCUGCACCUGCCAGCCACCAGCUUCAACAGCUGCCAAGAGACGGUGAGAGAGAGAGAGAGAGAGAGAGAGAUGGAGGGAUGAAGAGAGAGAGAGAGACAAACAGAGAUGUAAAAAAGAGACUUCGUCAGUGUGAGAGAAGAGGAGGAGGAACUCUCUCUCUCUCUGUCAAAAACAACAGCUGAACCAUCUCAAAAGAGACUGGGAGAAAAAGAGAGAAGAGAGAGAGAGAGAAGAGAGAGGGGAGAACGAGCUGUAACAGUAGUGGAGCUGGAACAGUAAAGCCCUCUCUGCUGAUCUCCUGCCAGGACUGACUGACCAGCAGACAUCUGGUGCUCUUGCACCCCUGCACCCCUCAGCACUCCCCCCAGA